GAAGAGAAAAAUGUAUUCCAUCUUCGGAUACAGCGUGAGCUUCAUACCAAGAAAAAAACAUUUAAUUAUGUAUUCUGCCAUGUAUAAAAUUCUUUCAAUCUACGCAAUUCAGCUAUUAUUCACCCUCGUACUAAAUUGUGCUGCAGAAGAACCGUGUGAGACCAUUCCUACUGAAAUACAUGUCACUAAAGAAGAAUAUGACGAUAUGGGCAGACUAGUUAGAUCAUGCAGUGGAGAAGUUAGUGUAAACAAAUGCGAAGGGAUGUGCAAUAGUCAAGUGCGGCCAUCAAUCUCCGCUCCAACGGGAUUUUCGAAGGAUUGCUUCUGCUGCCGAGAAAACUUCUUGCGUGAACGCUUGGUAACUCUCACUCACUGCUACGACCCUGAUGGCGUCAGGCUUGAAGAAGAAGAUUCAGCUAUCAUGGAAGUGCGUCUUCGUGAGCCAGAUGAUUGCAAAUGUUACAAAUGUGGAGACUACAGCCGUUAAAAAACAAAAGAUAAUUGUGUAAAAAUAUUGGCGAAUUCUGUACUUAUUAUGAUUGAUAACUAUUAUUUAAACCUAUUAACAGCAUUUGUAUGAAAAAAGAUUUAAUAUUAAAUGGUCAAAGGUUUUUUAUUUUCAAAAUAAAUAAAAAAAUAAGGUACACAGUGUACCUAAGCUCAUUUGUGCCUGUGUAGGUAGUUACUAUUACUAUGUACCUACCUAAGUAAUAAGAUUAAUUUUUAAUCCCUUAUGUAGGUAAUCGUUAUGUUGUGUGGAGCAAAAUGUUGAAAUAAAUA